CCAAUUCACAGCCCCAUGUCUCGCAGCUUGCAGUGUCACCCAGAGAGCGUCACUGCCGAAAGGAAAUCCAGCAGAGGAGGGACCAGGAUUGCCACGGUCGGAGCAGCAGCCAGGCGAGGAGGAGCAGACAUGUGGCAGGAGAUCCUUCCAAACGCCUGGGAGACCAUCUUGUGCCAGAUCAGGUCUUUUGAAUAUUCUCAGAAGAAUGCAGUCCUGGUCCCUGCAGCUGCCCUGGGGGUUGGAGUGGUGAUGGUUUACUGGCUGAGGUCUAGACGUAAGAUCAAGACGAUUGAGAUGGUUGAUGGAUGGUGGGGCUCAGGUCAAAGACCCCUAAAAGGGAAAGAAGAUGAAAGUAUUCGUCCCUUCAAGAUUGAAACAUCUGAUAAAGAAAUCGAGGACCUGCACCGGCGCCUGGAUGAUGCCCGCUACGCUCCCCCGCUGGAAGGGGCGGCCUUCCACUAUGGCUUCAACUCCAGCUGCCUGCAGAAGGUGGUCGCUUACUGGAGGAACAAAUUCGACUGGCGUGAGAAAGUGAAAGUCCUGAACAAGUACCCCCAUUUCCAAACCACCAUUGAAGGGAUUGAUAUCCAUUUUAUCCAUGUGAAGCCCUCCUAUGUCUCUCGUGGUCAAGCUGUUCAGCCUCUACUGUUGAUCCACGGCUGGCCUGGCUCCUUCUAUGAGUUCUACAAGAUCAUCCCCCUGCUCACAGACCCUGCUGGGCAUGGCCUGAGUGAGAGUGACAUGGUAUUUGAGGUCAUCUGCCCAUCCAUCCCAGGAUAUGGCUUCUCAGAGGCACCACACCAGAAAGGCUUUGACAGCAUAGCAACUGCUCGGAUAUUUCAUAAGCUGAUGAACAGACUGGGCUUCAAGAAGUACUACCUGCAGGGAGGAGACUGGGGAUCUCGUAUUGCCACAAACAUGGCCCAGAUGCUGCCACAAUCUGUGAAAGGGCUUCAUCUAAACCUUGUCUUCAUUGGCAAACAAAGUUUGAGACAAAUGAUUUCUGUGAUGCUUGGGGCUUAUGUCCCAUGGCUCGUAGGCUUCACUAGGGAAGAUGUUCGUCGAAUGUACCCUUUCAUCCAGAAAAAUUUUCAUGAACUUCUGCAAGAGUCUGGAUACCUGCACAUCCAAGCCACCAAACCAGACACUGCAGGCUGUGGACUGAAUGACUCCCCUGUGGGCCUUGCUGCAUAUAUUUUGGAGAAAUUCUCUACCUGGACAGAUAAAUCAUUUCGGCAUAAAGAAGAUGGAGGUUUGGAAAGCAAAUACUCUCUUGAUGAGCUUUUGACCAAUGUGAUGAUUUAUUGGGUGACGUCCUCAAUUGUGUCCUCAAUGCGAUACUACAAGGAGAACUUUGGCAGUGACCCUUAUCUAACUCAUGAUGCCAGGUUUCCAGUGUAUGUUCCCACAGGGAUUGCAGCUUUUCCUCAGGAGAUAGUACAUACACCACGUGUCUGGGCAAAGAAGACCUACAAGAACAUCAUCACUUACUCUUACAUGCCACGUGGAGGGCAUUUUGCUGCCUUUGAGGAACCAAGACUUCUGGCACAAGACAUAUUCCACUUUGCCAGUAAGGUGGAACGGUUGUGAACCUGCAGUUUAGAUACACACAUAGAAUGGAUUCAAGUUGUUCUGCUACCAGCAGAAUCUUUACUUUGAGGGAUUAAAUAAAACCAAUGCAAUCACAUACA